AUGCGCGCAACACAGAUUGCGUCGCUAUCAGCGUUCAUCGCUUCUUCAGUGGCACAUCCGUUUCAUGGCACUGCAGAAAAGUCACUCCAAGCACGACAACUUGCCGGCAACCUGGAAAGAUUUCGCCCUCAACAACGCUCCGAGUAUGUGAAUGCCACGGUUGUGGAGUCUGGCRACCUACCCGAUCCUUCAUCCAACUCAUCCAUUGCUGCAAGGCAAGGCGGUUACGUUGCAGCAGCUGCAGCACUGGUCCGGGCUACGUAUCCAAACGCAGAGUUUCGUCAGCUCGACGACAACUAUGUCAGCUCCAGCGGAAUUGGCCAUGUCUACUUCAAGCAAACCGUCUUUGGGUUUGACAUUGAUGAUGCAGACUUCAACGUGAAUGUUCGCCCGGAUGGCACCAUCUUCUCAUAUGGAGACAGCUUUUACACGGGACCCCUCCCUGGAUCUGCACCAUCUUUGUCCCAGUUGUUGGAGCCAGUCGCUGCUGUCACUGGUGUGGUCGAGACUCUUGCUUUGCCUAUCGAGCCCUCUGAAGGAGAAGUCAUCGAGGAUGGUGCGAGAUUCACCGUCGAAGGUCUGUCUAACGUCGAAUCUGCUCCCCAGGGACAGUUGGUAUACUACCGAGCUGGAGAGUCUCUUGUACCUGCAUGGCGUCUCGAGACCGACGUUGGAGAUGCAUGGCUCACUUCAUACAUCCAAGCCGACGGAUCCAACCAGGUCAUCGCGGUGACGGAUUACGUUGCCGAUGCUGAGUCGUACCAAGUCUUUGAAUGGCCAUUGAAUGAUCCACGAGGCAACAAGCGUACGAUUGAGGUCAACCCUCGGGACCGAGAGGCCAGUCGGCUAGGCUGGCACGCAGAUGCCGGCCAGAAGUAUACUGAGACCCGCGGAAACAACGCCAUUGCUCAAUCGAACGCUGAUGGAGAUGCUGAAUAUCUCAGCGAGCCGCGUCCCUCGGACCGGGGUCUAAAUUUCCGAGCCCCUUUCAACGAGGCGUGGGAGCCCGCAGAGUACGUCAACGCUUCUAUUAUCCAGCUCUUUUACACAUCCAACAAGUACCGAGAUGUUAUCUACGAGCUUGGCUUUACGGAGGCUGCCGGAAACUUCCAAACCGACAAUUUCGGAAAUGGUGGACGUGGAGAUGACAGUGUCAUUUUGAACACCCAGGAUGGCUCAGGAGUCAACAACGCCAACUUUGCUACGCCUCCGGACGGUCAGCAAGGUCGUAUGAGAAUGUACCGCUUCAACCUUACCACCCCGAACCGAGAUUCUUCGUUCGAGGCUGGAAUUGUCAUCCACGAGUACACCCACGGCCUGACCAACCGUAUGACGGGAGGCCCAGCAAACUCUCGCUGUCUCGCUGUUCUCGAAUCGGGUGGUAUGGGUGAGGGUUGGUCCGACUUCUUCGCCACUGCCAUCCGUGUCAAGCGCCGGGACACCAGGGCCGUCAACUAUCCAAUCGGCGACUAUGCUUUCAACAACGCCAAUGGCAUUCGUGCCGUCAUCUAUUCGACCAGCUUGCAGACCAACCCAUACACGUACUCCACGCUCAACACCUUGACCCGUGUUCACCAAUUUGGCACUGUGUGGUGCUCUAUUCUCUACGAGGUCAUGUGGAAUCUGAUUGACCGCCACGGUAACACGGAUAGAGAGGAGCCAGAUCUUGACCGUUUUGGCGUGCCACGUGAUGGUAGAUACCUGUCGAUGAAGCUUGUGUUGGAUGGCCUUGGUCUUCAGCCUUGCAAUCCAACCUUCAUCCAGGCUCGUGAUGCAAUACUCGAUGCUGACCGUGCCCUUACCAAUGGAAGCAACCUCUGUCUGUUGUGGACUGGUUUUGCUAAGCGUGGUCUCGGCGAGGGUGCUGAGCGUGUUGGUACUGUCUAUACCGACAGCUUUGUGGUUCCAGCCGGCGUCUGUUGA